ACCAUGUGUCAUUCAGUUAUCGUGAAUGUGAGAGAAGGUCCACAUCACCGCGAUCACGUUGAAAGCAUUCUCAAUUUCGAUAAGGAUAUUACGCCGUCGUUAAAAAGUGUUUAACUAACAAACUAACCAACUGAUAAUAUAAUAAUAUCUGUCUGCGCAUCACCAAUCACGAGGACACAAUAUGGAUACAACCAAAACAGCCAGGAACGUUUACUCCAUCGAUCAAAUUCUCGGCACAACUCAUCCGUCGAAAAGCGACAAUAAUAGUGUUCAUUGUCAAUCAAAACUGGACGCUUUGUACGCCACCAGUGGAAACGUUUCAUCAUUACAUCGGUCCGAUGAAAACGAUGACGAUAAACCUCGAAAAGUUCGCCGGAGCAGAACAACAUUUACCACGUACCAAUUACAUCAAUUAGAAAGAGCUUUCGAGAAAACUCAGUAUCCCGAUGUAUUUACCAGAGAAGAACUUGCGUUACGAUUAGAUCUCAGUGAAGCCAGAGUGCAGGUAUGGUUUCAAAAUCGGAGAGCUAAAUGGAGAAAACGGGAAAAGUCAAUGGGCAGAGAGUCCAAUCCAUACAUACCAGACCACGCAUUGUUCAGAAACGAUUGUUUGCCGCCGUCGGCUCUGGGUGGCGGAGGCGGUGGAGGCGGAGGCGGUGGUGGUCCGCUCCCGUUCCUCACGCCCGAACAGUUUUGGCCCAGCAUCGUGUUCAACCCGGCGGCCGCGUCCGCGAUCCUACUCGGACUGCCGUGGCCUCACCAUAACCAACAACUUCACCAUCAUCAUGGGCAGUCGUCGGCCGCGUCACCGUACGACCAUCACUCGUCCAUCAUCCACAAGGCGCUCUCCGAACGGAUAAUGUGCACCGCGGCCGCCAACCAGUGGCCGGUCGUCGCGCACACUUCGUCUUCCGAGCCGCACAGCCCGUCGUCCGCAACGUCGUCCAGCUCUCCACCCCCGUCACCGCCCGCCCGCGAGUCGCUCGCCGAAGCCGAAGCCGCCGCCACCGCCGCGGAAAGUCGAUCGCCCGAACGGCGGCCGGACGCGCGCAGUUCGCCGCCCACCGUUCUGAUGGAGAACGUGUCCUGUUAGUGGGCGGUCGUCGCGCGUUCACCCGAAGACCGGCAGCGUAACGCGACCGAUCGAAACGAAAGGGUUUCGUCAGUCCCACGUUUGAUCGCGGGACGCCCAUAGUUUUCGGCCGUAAUCGGCCCCGCGAACCGAUACUCCGGCUACUCGACAUUUCGUUAUCCGUUACGUUUCGUUUUUUCGUUUUCUCCGUUCGACUUUUACGCUCCGCACUAACAACGAACUGACUGCAUACGUAUACCUGCACUCGAACAACAUCACGGUCGAUCACGAAUUCUCGACGUUGUCGUUUAUUCCAAAACUUAAGGAAUUCGGUUGCACGAGUGCAUCGAUCAUUUAUCGGCUGUCAAAUAUAAAUCAUAUACCCUUGUUCGUGACUUUUUUAAAAUAAAAUAAAAAUCAUAUUUCUUCCCCGUACAUCAAUUUCUUUACGAAAAACUAUAUUUAUUCAAAUGAUAUCCGAUAAACUAUUUGUCCUUUUCGGUAUAGCAAUUCAAAUUUCAUUUUUCAUUUUUUCAUUUACAUACUUUAAAGUUUGAACAAAAAUCCGUUAUUGUGUAUUAGUCGAAACUGAGACAAUAUCAUAUAUUAUCGGGAAUUUUAAUCAGUGUCUUUACCAAAAUUAAACUGUACCGAUCGGUUAUUCAACAUAAACUAUUUAAUAAUCUAUCCAUUAAAAAAAAAAAAAAAAAAACCGUGAGAAAAUU